AUGUACAACAUGCUGCUGCUGGGCGCAGGGGCCUUUGUUCUCUCGUGGGUGAUGAUGACGACCUGGAUGGUCGCCGGAGAGCGGCAGGCCAUUCGCUCGACCAAACUGUCCGACGAGUCAACCAACCUGCAGAAGGCGAUCGGGGACAAGGUGGGACUGUUCAUCAAUACCUUUAGCAUGGCCCUGACCGGUAUCAUCCUGGGCCUGGCCAGGGGCUGGAAACUAGCCCUCGUGAUGCUCAGCUCGGUGCCCGUGAUUGGCCUGAGCGCCUUCUUCUUCACCUACAUCGUCAAGAAGGCCGAGGAAGUGUUUGGCAGCAUAAAGACGGUAAAGGCCCUGUGCGGAGAGCAGCACGAGAGCUCCCUCUUUGAGGGGAUGGUCAAGAAGGCAGUCCACAUGACCGUCCGCUUCGGGGUGCUGUCGGCCGCGGCAGUCGGACUGAUCACGAUGGCCAAGUACAUGACCUUUUCGCUCGGCUAUUGGUACGGAGGGGUGUUGGUAUCCCGGGGCGAAAUAAAUGACAACACAGGCCAGCUCUACACGGGAGGGGAAGUGCUGACCAUCGUCCUGUCGAUCUACAUCGGCGGGAUUGUCCUGGGCUUUUCUCUGCCCAGCAUCCAGAUCUUUUCGGAGGGGCAGGCUGCAAUCGAAAAGAUCAACACUAUCGUAGAACGGCAAUCCAAGGAGAAUCCGAACCCUGAGGGCCUGGCUCCGCAGAGGCCAGAUGUUCAGGUCCUGCGGGGGGUGUCGUUUACGAUUCGAGAAGGUCUUCGCAAUGCCAUCGUCGGUGAGAGCGGUAGUGGGAAAAGCACCACUCUCCAGCUGAUCCUCAUGUUUUAUAGACAGAGUUCAGGAUCAAUCCUGUUUGACGGAAGGCCGCUAGAGGACUACCAGCUAAAGUGGCUGCGGAAAAGCAUAGGGUACGUCGGCCAGGAGCCUGUGCUGUUCGCCGCCUCGAUCAGGGCAAACCUGCUCUACGGUCGUGAGGAUGCCACUGACGAAGACAUCUGGAAAGCCCUUUGCUAGGCCGAGGCCGAAUCCUUUGUCAAGGAUUUGCCCGAGGGCCUUGACACUUAUAUCGGGAUCGGGGGAAGCCAAUUUUCAGGGGGUCAAAAGCAAAGAUUAGCCAUUGCGAGGGCCUUGCUUAAAAACCCGAAGCUGCUGCUACUGGAUGAAGCCACCAGCGCGUUGGAUCGAAAGAGCGAGGUCAUGAUUCAGCGGACUCUGGACCGAAUCAGCUAGUCACGGACUACUGUCACGAUCGCCCACCGGCUGGCAACCGUCAAGAAGUGCGAGCAUAUCCUGGUCAUGGACUACGGCGUGCUGGUCGAGUAAGGCAGCUACUAAGAGCUGAUGGGCAAAAAAGGCAAGUUUUACGCCCUUGCCGUGAACCAAAUCAAAGACGAAACUCAGACAGCUGCUCAAAAGAAGCAGGGGGUGGUGUCCAAAACUGAUGACGAGAUCGCGAAGGAAAAGGUAGAAAAGAUCAGAGACUACGAGGGCAGCAUCUUUGGACGGCUGCUGUCUUACAACAUCCAGGAACUGCCCUUCCUCAUCGUGUCAAUCAUAUGCUCGCUGGGCGUCAUCACUGAGCUCAUCAGCCCGGCCUCCUCGAUCGAGGUGAUAAAUCGGGUGGCCCUGCUCUUCCUGAUCAUCGGGCUGGCCCUGGGCAGCCUGAUUUCCGCCCUGAUCAUCUCCUUCACCCACUCGUGGCAGCUGGCCUUCAUCGCCCUCGCAAUGCUGCCCAUAGUCAUCCUCGUAGGCAUCAUCCGCUCGAAGGAAGAGUACGUGAUGAAGGCCUACACUGAAUCCUUGCAGGCGCCCUACCAGGAGUCGAUCACAAAGGGGGUCGCAGCAGGGUUCUUCCAGGGCCUAAGCCAGUUCACAACCUUCUUGCGCAUCAUCGUCGACUCAGUAAGCGAAUCGGGAGAGAUCACCAAAUCUGCCAUCGAGAAGAUGAUGGUCAGUCUGUUCGCGAUCAUCUUCACGGGCAUCAACAUCGGCCAGUCCUCGCAGUUCAUGCCCGAUGUCACUGAGGGCAAGUUCUCUGCCAUCAAGCUUUUUGAUGCGGUUCGCUCGAUCGAGUUUCGAGAGGUAAAGUUUAGAUACCCUGCGCGGGACGCGCCUGUAUACGAAAACUUGUCGUUUAAAAUUGGACCGGAAGAAAGAGUGGCCUUUGUUGGAGCAAGCGGAGGAGGCAAGUCGACGGUCGUGCAGCUGCUCAUGAGGUACUAUGAGCCCGAGCAGGGCAGCAUUCUGGUCAACGGUGAAGACAUCAAGAACAUGCAUCCCCACCAGCUGCGGAGCAUGUUUGGACUAGUCAGUCAGUAGCCCGUGCUUUUCAAAGCGUCACUGCGCUCAAACAUAAUCUACAACAAGGACCUCUCUGAUGAUCAGGUGAUGGCAGCAGUUAAGAGCGCCAGUGCAGGGUUCGUGUGGAAUGCGGAGGGACUCGACAGGGAAACUGGAAGCCGUGGAAUGCUGCUGUCAGGAGGGCAGAAGCAGAGAAUCGCUAUUGCAAGGGCGGUUGCCCGGGAGCCUGGGGCGUUCCUGUUCGACGAGGCGACCAGCGCGUUGGACAAUGAAAACGAACAGAUCGUGCAGGCAGCCAUCGAGGGCCUGAUGCAAAGCCGAAUUUCGAUUAGCAUCGCGCAUCGACUGGAGACGAUCAAGAACAGCAGCACAAUUUUUGUGCUGGAAAAGGGCAGAAUAGUAUAG